UGCCGUGUAGCAAGAGCACAGUUGUUUUCGACUCGUCUAGGUGAUCAGUUUAAAGUUUUCUGUUUUCGAUUGUGAGUUUCGGAGCCUCAGUAGUCUGGUUUCAUUUGUUGAGCUAAUAUUCGAAGAAGAGAAGAAGAAAGUGCUGGACAUAAUUCCGUCUGGAGUGACAUUUUUGGGUUACCCAAAACGAGAAGCUAAACAGAAAAAAACGAUUUACUUUCAAUGCUUGUAUUGGUUGUCAGUUUUUUGAAACGCAAAUCUUUCGCGAGAUACCAUAGAAAUAGCAUGAAUGAUAAACUUUCAUUGUGAGGAAAACCGAAUUCGAGCGAGUAAAAGCGUGUGUCGUUUUAGCCUUUGGGGCGUUAUUUGAACAGAAAAUUAAGGCAAAACUUUCAAGUAAAACAUGCUGUCCACAUUGAUUCGAUCUGGACCGGCCGCUGGCCGUCAGCUGAUCCGUUCGGUGGAAACGCCGAAUUCUCUGCAGCACAUCCGGGCCAUUUCGAAAAGUAGCGAGGUCAACCAUUCCGAGUACAUGACCAUGCGAGAAAAUCAGCAACAAAAAGUGAGCCGGGAUUAUCAGAGCAAGUUGCAGAUAAGACUGAAGAAGGUGUCGAGAACGCUUUCGACAUUAAACCACUCCGUACCGGAGGCGGUCCAGCACACUGCGGUCUCGAAAACCGAGAGCCGUGAGUUUAUGGCCGUAUUUCCCGAUCUAGUCCGCGACUUGACCGAGUUCGCCAAGAAGUACGACAGCAAGGUGGCGGAUAAGUGGUUCGCCCGAGCCCUCCAGUACAAUGUGCCCCAGGGCAAGAAAAAUCGGGGCCUGGCAGCAGUGUUGGCCUAUCGGAUGCUGGCGAAACCGGAAGAGCUUACGCCCGAAAAUAUCCGCCGGGCUCACUAUCUCGGCUGGUGUAUCGAAAUGUUCCAGUCGAUGUUUCUCAUUUUCGAUGACGUGAUGGACGGCAGCCAGACUCGCCGCGGUCAACCCUGCUGGUAUAAGGUGGAGGACGUUAAGAUGACCGCAAUCAACGAUGCCCUGAUGAUCGAUGCAGCCAUCUUCCACGUGCUGAAGAAGCAGUUUGGCGAUCAGCCGUACUACACAAAGCUGGUGGAGAUGUUCAAUGACAUUAAGUUCAUUACCACCGUCGGCCAAUCGCUGGAUCUCCAGUCGGCCAAGCUAGACGUCACCAAAUACACGAUGGAUCUGUACAAAUCGAUCGUUUCCCAUAAGACUGCCUACUAUACGUUCUACCUGCCGGUGGCGGUGGCCAUGCACAUGACCGGUUUCACGGAUCCAGAAGUAUACCGCCAGACGCGAACCAUCCUGCUGGAGAUCGGUCAGUUCUUCCAAGCCCAGGAUGAUUUCCUGGAUUGCUUCGGAGACCCGGCGGUGACCGGUAAGAUCGGCACCGACAUCGAAGAGGGCAAGUGCACAUGGUUAGCCGUUGUGUGCAUGCAGCGUGCCUCCGAAGUCCAGAAGGAAAUUAUGAAGGAGUGCUAUGGCUUCACCGACCCCGACAAGGUGACCCGCGUUAAGAAGUUGUACGAAGAGUUGGGCCUGCCAACAACGUACGCCAUAUACGAGGAGGAAUCGUACAACAUGAUUAAAACGCACAUCCAGCAAAUUUCGCGAGGUCUUCCACAUGAUCUAUUCUUCAAAAUUAUGGAGAAAAUUUACCGACGGGAUUGUUAAACGAAACAGAAAAACCUCAAUUACACACAUACACUUGGAUCAAUUCAGUCUGAGACCUAAACUAGCUGCAACACACCGAGCACAACAAUAAUCGUAGACGUUAAGAAACCUGAUCAUAAACCUAUCACUAACGUAUUUGCCAGUUUCCUUAUCAUUGGUUUAUUUUUCUAUAACCAAAUUUGAUGUUUGCAGUAAAAUUAGCGUAAAAGUAAGGAUUUCUAACUGUUGUGGCCACACGGGGGUUUUCAGAAAAUCCCAUUAACCGUUGUUCGGUUUACUUAAAACUGUUUCAUAGAAAACGAUAAAGAUAUGUGAUGUGUUUCGCGUCUCUUUCCAGAAUGAAUUUGUAUUUUGCUGUGUUUUACUAGGUACACGAACAUUUGCAUUUAUCAGCCGACUAGCGCCCCGAUCUUUAUUUCCUAAUCAUCAUGCACGGUGAAAAAAACUAGUGAAUGCAUUAAAACUCAUCUUUGUUUGCUACUCCUUCGAAUACUGAAACAUUUGUCAUUUAUUUUUCAUACAAUGAUUAUUGAUUAUUGAUUAGUGUUUACGUUCUAUCUACAAAAUGAGACAGGUAAAACAUGAAGAAAUACAAAGAACGUUUACGAAUAAGAACGAACUAAAUAGUUAUACUUAUCUGUAGAGUACUAAACUGACGUUUGAAGUCUAUAUAAUAAAAAAGACUAUACAAAAUUA